AUGGAUCUCGACGGGAAAUCGUCACUUUCGUCACUUUCCGUUGUCUCACACGAUUCAAGCCACCAUCAUCCUUCAGCAUUUUUUCUCAGCAAAAGCCAUGCGGAUGAUUCUUUCCGCCCUUUAGCUGGGGAUACCCCUGUGAAAUGGCAAGCUUCCCAUAGAGAAUUCCAAUUUAAUAGCAACAGCACACCUUCUAAAACCAGCAACACCGAUGCAUUUGAGGAUCCUGCCCGGAAACUUAUGCGUAAGCGACGUGUGGCAAGAAGUAAUCUCAGUGGUGCAAAACCAAGACUGCUUUCCAACUUAAAGGCAUCCACCACGAAACUUGAUCUUCUGGACGAUCAAAAAUUUACAAGCUUACCCAUCCCUCACCCGAUUGAGGGGCCCUCUCAAAACAAAGCGCCUCGAAACUUGACUCACGAGGCUCAAAUUCGUGUACAUGCGGAGAACAGACGGUUCAGUGUCGAUCCAAGGCUAGCAAAGCAGGGCGAUAGCACUGAUGAGGAGGAAUGCCAUCCACCGAUAGUUUUGGUUGAAGACUACAUUCCCGAUGAUUCCCGACGACUCAAGUUCGCGCGAAGCAAGGUUUCCAUAUCGGAUUUGAAGAGUAAAGUAAGCAAAAGUAACUCUUCUAUCUUGCCGAUAAAACACAGAACGAAACGCACAAUAUCGACCACAUCGUCGCUUACUUUGACACCACACAUCAAGGACGGUAAUUCUAUCGUCAACAUCGGUAUGAUCGAUGAGGAUCCUUUCUCACAGAUGGCCGAUCAGCACUCUGCCACAUCCGACAAAACUGCUGUAACAAACAUCGAGAAGUUUUUGGGCACAGUAAUAAAGCACAAUGAUGACAAGGAUAUGUAUCUUCAGAGCUUGAAUUUCAAAAACAAAGUUAAGGGCUGUGUUAUAUGUGAAAAGCCCUUGUAUGAAAUAAGUUCGCUGAUCGAAGGUCGUUCUUUUCAAGAGAUAGUAUGUUCUUCUUGUACGCUGAAGUAUGAAGAGACGGCAAAGCUACUGGAAGAUUACGAGUUUGACACAUCGACGGACUCAGCAAACAAUUCACGAGACUUUAGCAUGGAGAGUGAGGGAUGGACUGGUGAAGCCGGUGAGGCGCUGCUCUUAGAUACCAAAAGACACAAGACAGGACAAUUUUCGUCACAUCUCAUCGGCAGACUUCAAACGCAGCUGAAACAGAGGAGCGAUCCCGGCCACAACGACAAUGUUGUAGAUUCCAAGACAAUGAUUUGGUUCAUAGAGGCAAAGCGGAAGCUUCGAUGGAGGUGGGGGGUAAGUGGCUUGUUUCCACAGUUUCUUGCUGGUAAAAGAAAUGUGUGA